AUGAGGGCCAACAAAAAUCGCAAAAAUCUUCGACGCUAUCUUAGCAAUGUGCCUCAAAUGCUCCCGUUUGUGCCACAUUAUAGAGCAAAAGGCUCCAAUGUUCGCCGCAACCAUCGCUACCAGCCUCGACAUAUACGAGGCUUUGAGCCAUGGCCCGAUUUCAACGCUGAAACUAUUGUGGACAAGUACAAAUAUGAAAUGCGCAGAUUCAUUGUUAAUGACCCCUUCCCGGACACUCCUCCCUUAUAUAUUGGAAAUGAGUAUUCUAUCUCCCAUCGAUUAUGGGAGUAUCUUGGCCCUCGCGUACGACGAUCACUUCGAACUGGAUUUAAACCACCACCUAUGGGACAUACUCCUGUUUUAUGGAAUUUAGGAGAUCUAUCCCCUUCAAUGGAUCUAUACGGAUCAUCCCCAGACCUUACCUUCUAUACUACAGAGCCGUUUACAGUUGGAGAUGUGUUGUUUCCACCACGCCACAACCGGUUGCCAGGUGAAAUUAAACCAUCUAGCAAGUGGAAUUCCGGUAUGGCUGGCGGAACUGCUAUCGAGUUGGAGUAUCUGCAAGCUGUUAGUCAACUGAACUACUAUAUGCAUAUUCACAAGGCCAGAUAUGGCUAUAUCUUAACCGACCGCGAAUUGGUUGCUUUUGAACGCAUCCCAACAAAACAUUACAGUAUGGCUCGAUUUAAGCGAUCGAACCCUAUAUCGUGGAUUCCAACGGAACUUCACGAUAUAGAGCGCACGCCAACAGUGUUAAUGGCCCUGUGGUAUUUGGGAAUGCUUGCUGCUGGACCGGAUUGGGCGAUUGAUACGCACGAUAUACCUAAACCUACCGCUCCCCGUACCAUUCAGUUACGAGGACCACGACAAUAA